GGCGAAGCGAAACGGUCGCCUGGCGCCAAAAUUUAAGUUCAAAAACUGUGACUGUAAGUUGCAGUCAGAGAUACUUGCUUUCUUGUUGUCAAGGCUAAUUAAAAAAAUAAAUCUUCAUUUUAAGUCAGCCAGGAAGGAUCAUUAAGGGAAUCUACGUGCUCUGGAUUUUUAUUUACUUUGUUUUAGCUACUGGGCUGCGGGUUACGAUGCAUAUCAAAUCUAUCAUCAUAGAGGGAUUCAAAUCUUACGCCCAGAGGACGGAAAUCAAUGGGUUUGAUCCUCUGUUCAAUGCCAUUACUGGACUGAAUGGCAGUGGGAAAUCAAAUAUACUGGAUUCAAUCUGUUUUCUUCUCGGAAUCUCUAACCUGUCACAGGUGCGGGCGUCAAAUCUCCAGGAUUUGGUGUACAAAAAUGGCCAAGCCGGAAUCACCAAAGCGACUGUUUCAAUUACUUUCGACAACUCUGACAAGAAGCAGAGCCCCCUCGGGUUUGAAACUCACGAUGAAAUCACCGUUACCAGACAGGUAGUUAUAGGAGGAAAGAACAAGUAUUUGAUAAAUGGCAUGAACGCCAACAACACUCGUGUGCAGGACCUCUUUUGUUCCGUGGGUCUGAACGUAAACAACCCGCACUUCCUCAUUAUGCAGGGAAGAAUUACCAAGGUCCUAAACAUGAAACCACCUGAGAUCUUGGCCAUGAUCGAGGAGGCAGCCGGUACCAGGAUGUACGAGUGUAAAAAAAUCAGCGCCCAGAAGACCAUCGAGAAGAAGGAGGCCAAACUGAAAGAGAUCCAGACGAUCCUUGAAGAGGAGAUCACACCCACUCUGCAGAAGCUGAAGGAGGAGCGCUCCUCGUACCUGGAGUACCAGAAGCUGAUGCGUGAGAUCGAGCACCUGAGCCGGCUCUACGUGGCCUACCUGUUUGUGUGCGCCGAGGAGACCAAGGCCAAGUCCGCCGACGAGCUGAAGGGCAUGCAGGACGACAUCGGCAAGCUGCAGGAGGGCAUGGCGGAGAACGAGCGCAGGGCGAAGGAGGUGUCGCAGGAGAUCCAGGAGCUGGAGAAGAGGAGAGACAAGGAUGUGGGCGGGGUCCUGAAGGCCCUGGAGGAUGCGCUGUCGGAGGUGCAGAGGGUGGACGCCAAGGCCCAGAGCGCCCUGGACCUGAAGAAGCAGAACCUGAACGAGGAGACCAAGAAGCGCAAGGAGCUCGUCAAGAGCAUGGAGGAGGAUAAGAAGGUGAUGGCGGCAAAGGAGAAGGAGGUGGCCAAGAUGGCGGAGACGCUGCGCAGCGUCCAGGAGGAGGGGCAGAAGGACACGGAGGCCCUGGCCGCCGCCCAGCAGCACUUCAACGCCGUGUCUGCCGGCCUCUCCACCAAUGAGGACGGAGAGGAGGCCACGCUGGCUGGCCAGAUGAUGACCUGCAAGAACGACAUCAGCAAGGCCGACACCGAGGCCAAGCAGGCUCAGAUGAAGCUGAAGCACGCUGAGCAGGAGCUGAAGACCAAGCAGGCGGAGGUGAAGAAGAUGGACAGCGGCUACAAGAAGGACCAGGACGCCUUCGAGGCGGUGAAGAAGAGCAAGGAGAAGCUGGAGGCCGAGAUGAAGAAGCUCAACUACGAAGAUGGAAAAGAGGAGGGUCUGAUCGAGACCAGGCGGAGGCUGCUGCGUGAGGCCACCCAGCUGAGGGAGACCUACGAAUCUAUGAUGGCCAAGUUCCCCAAUCUGAGAUUUGAAUACACAGACCCGGAGAAGAACUGGGACAGGAGCAAAGUCAAAGGCCUGGUUGCCAACCUGAUCUCCGUGGGAGACGUGUCCAACGCCACUGCGCUGGAGGUGGUGGCUGGGGGCCGUCUCUACAAUGUGGUGGUGGACACGGAGGUUACAGGAAAGAAGAUCCUGGAGAAGGGCGAACUCAAACGCAGAUACACCAUCAUUCCCCUGAACAAGAUUUCAGCCAGAACCUUGAACGACAACGUUGUGAAGACCGCAAAAAAUCUGGUCGGGGCCGAUAACGUCCACACCGCCCUGUCGCUGGUGGGCUUCGAGUCGGACCUGCGGAAGGCCAUGGAGUACGUGUUCGGGACCACGCUGGUCUGCGACACCCUGGACAACGCCAAGAAGGUCACCUUCGACAAGCGGGUCAUGACCAAGACGGUCACGCUGGGAGGGGACGUGUUCGACCCCCAGGGGACCCUCAGCGGAGGAGCCCGAGCGCAGACCGCCUCCGUGCUGUCCAAGCUUCAGGAGCUGAAGGACGUCCAGGACAACCUGGAGGCCAAGGAGACGGAACUGCGCUCUGUUGAGAAGGACCUGAGUGGCCUUAAAGGGACGGCUGACAAGUACCGGCAGCUGAAACAGCAGUUGGACCUGAAAUGCGAGGAGGUGGAGCGUCUGCAGGUCAAGCUGCAGCAGAGCUCCUAUCACAAGCAGGAGGAGGAGCUACAGAUUCUGCGCAAGACCAUUGAGGAGAGCGAGGAGACCCUGAAGAAGACGAAGGAGGUGCAGAAGAAGGCGGAGGAGAAGUUCAGGGUGCUGGAGAACAAGAUGAAGAACGCCGAGGCGGAGAGAGAGAAGGAGCUGAAGGCCGCUCGGCAGAAACUGGACGCCGCCAAGAAGAAAGCCGACGCCUUCAACAAGAAGCUGAAGGAGAAGCAGCAGGAGGCGGACGCGCUGGCCCUGGAGCUGGAGGAGCUGAGGAGGGAGCAGGAGGGCUGUCAGCAGCAGGUGGAGGCGGUGGACGAGGCGGUGAAGGCGCUCCGCGAGCAGAUCGACAGCAUGGCCGCCGACGUGUCCGGCAGCAAGGAGGCGGUGAAGAAGGCUCAGGAGGAGCUGUCCAAGCAGAAGGAGGUGAUCAUGGCGCAGGACCGGGAGAUCAAGGGGAAGACGGCGGAGGUGAACGGGCUGCGGGAGAAGAACAACGAGGCGCAGCUGCGCAUCAAGGAGCUGGAGCACAACAUCAGCAAGCACAAGAAGGACAGCGCCGACGCCGCCGCGCGGGUGGGGCGGAUGCUGGCGGAGAACGACUGGAUCGCGCCUGAGAGGCACCUGUUCGGCCAGCCCAACACGGCCUACGACUUCAAGGCCAACAACCCCAAGGAGGCGGGCCAGAGGCUGAAGAAGCUGGAGGAGGCCAAGGCCAAGCUGGAGCGCAACGUCAACAUGAGGGCCAUGAACAUGCUGAGCCAGGCCGAGGAGAAGUACAAUGAUCUGAUGAAGAAGAAGAGAAUUGUGGAGAUCGACAAGUCAAAGAUCCUGAAGACCAUCGAGGAGCUGGAUCAGAAGAAAAACGAGGCUCUGAACAUCGCCUGGAAGAAGGUGAACAAAGACUUCGGCUCCAUCUUCUCCACGCUGUUGCCGGGCUCCGACGCCCGUCUGGUGCCCCCAGAAGGCCGCGGGGUCCUGGACGGUCUGGAGUUCAAGGUCGCCCUGGGCAACACCUGGAAGGAGAACCUGACGGAGCUGAGCGGAGGUCAAAGGUCUCUGGUGGCGCUGUCCUUGAUCCUGGCCAUGCUGCUCUUCAAACCCGCGCCCAUCUACAUCCUGGACGAGGUGGACGCCGCGCUGGACCUGUCCCACACGCAGAACAUCGGCCAGAUGCUGCGCACGCACUUCACACACUCACAGUUUGUUGUGGUCUCCCUAAAAGAUGGAAUGUUCACGAAUGCCAAUGUCCUGUUCAAGACCAAGUUUGUGGAUGGGGUGUCCACAGUGUCCAGAACCACACAGAGCCAAAAUGGUGGCAGUGUUCCUGGCCACAGAGGACAGGACAAGUCCAAACUAAAGGACAAACGGCACAAGCAAGCCAUGGCCAACUGAAUACUGCACCAUCUAUAAAUGUCUGUCUGUCUGCGUGAUGAGCUUAAGAUAUUUUUAUAUGUCACUGGUGAUUCAGUAGUCCUGUAGUUUUUUUUCUAACUGAAGCUUUUGAAAAGCGCACUAUGUACUGUCUGCUUUUUCUUUGUCUUUUUAAAUGUCUGUAUAUCCUAAAUAAAACCACUUAUUUGGAGAGCCUAAACAAAAA